AUGGCCAACGAUGCAGCAAGGUGUGCUUUUGUUACCACCAACGAAGAUACAAAUCUUGUUAUUCUCUUCGAUAAACAUGACACUGUCUUGUCUUUGAAAGACAAGAUCAGCAAACAGCACCAAGAGUGUUUCCCAAUUGUUGGGAAAAUCGCCGUUUCUGUAGUGAAGGUUAACUUGGUAAAUGAGCUAUAUCAUUUGCCGGACUCGAUGUUUUUGAGUCAGGCUUUUGAAGCUAUCAGUAACACGGACGACUCGUUUCUAUCUGUGGAUGUCAUGCGUGUUGAGGACAAGGCCGCUCCAACUGCUACAGAGAAUCUUCCAAGUGAUGAAAUGUACCAAGCUACUGUUGCUGAGAACCAAGCUCCCCUAGGUCGUCUUGAUGCUACUUCUGAACCAAUGCAUAUCGAUGCUGAGAUUGGUGGCAAGGACAAUGUUGAUAAAGCUGAAGGUGAGGAGGUUAAGUUUGUGAAGCGUAAGAAGAAGACGAUGAAAGCCAAGGCACAAGCUAUAGAAGUUGCCCAAGUUGCUUCUAGCUCACAAAUCGUUGAGUCUGCCGCUGAAGAUAUCGAAGAAGGUACACCGGAAAAUUUGGACAAUCUUGUGAAGAAAAUUGUGGAGGAGGCUUAA